GGUGAUGUUAUUACUAGGUUCAUAUCUUCACACAUUCCAGAUAAUGAAGUUAAUUGCUGUUUCUUUCUUUUCCCUGAAAUAUAAUGGAUGCACCUUUUACGGGUUGAAUGCUUUUUUGAGACAUUUCCAGGGUUUGAGGUGAAUCUCGUGCCAGUGCCUGCAAGAUCUUACCGGUAUCUCCAAAUACUGGGCUGUUGUGUUUGCGUGGUGAAACUUGCUGAUACCCAAAACUCAUCAAAAGAGAAAACAAGGGAAAUAAUAAAUUGCGAGUGUUUAUCAUAGACUGAGUAGUGAUGUGAUAUGGAUUGAUAGAUUUUACAGGAAAUCCGGUGGCACCAUUAUAUGUGAUCAUAAACUUAGGACUGCAAAGAACAUUCUCACGAAAUGGAAACAAAUAUUGUGAUAGCGUUUCUGGUAUUCGUGGUGGAUGGGGUACUCGGACAGAGGCGCGUGGGUAACCUACCGCCCUUAAGCAGCUUCCCUGUUUCUCAGAAUCGAGGAACGCUGCCCCCUCUUGGCGGGUCCACUAGAAAUGGGGUGCCCGUUCCCCCUAUUGGUGCCAUACCUCCGCCAAACACGGCAUUUACCUCAAAUCCGAAUCCGCCCCCCACUCCACCACCAUGGAUCCCUGCGUUAUCUGGGCAGAAUGCGGCAAAUAUUGGCGCCAUUCCUACAGCGCAAUCUAGUCCAAGCUCUACUAUUACUUUUGUUUCCGUUUCCGGAUCAUUCCCUUCUGUGUCGAUUCCGGACAACGGAUAUGACGAUCAUUACGUCACAAUCAAAUCAAUGUUCGAUACGUAUUACCCAAAUGUACCCCCACUUCGAAGAGCAGAGAACCGAGCCACUUUGCAAAUCUUCCAGGGGGGCACCGGCGUCGCCUCAACAGCAGUCGUGUCCGAUGACCCUACGACAGUUUACAUACAAUACGCUUUACCCCAACAGAGUGCAUAUGCUUAUUUACCCUUCGCAAGUGAUAAUACACGGAGGUUGAAAUACCCCGAGAGGCCAAUAUAUUUACCCUACCCUCAGUUAGCAGUGCGCAUUCCCACGACGGGUGAAAUUUUCCCAGUGUACAUUCCAUUUCAACCCGCCGAAAAUAGACGGAACAGAGAGGAACCGGAAAUGUUUAUUCCAUCUAUUGUUCCUGGGAAUAACUUACCACUGUAUGAAGCAGCCUUACCAGCAGCACCGACAACAUUCUCAACAAAUACCCAGUUCCCAAGCGAAACAAUUAAUGGAAUCGCACCCACUCAACCAGGAACCCAGCAGCCAGGGAGGAACUCUGUGGGUGUACAGGAAGUGACUUCUCAAGGAUCGGGCUCGGAAUCCAGUAACCUUGUUAUUCCUCUGGGCGGUCCGUCUCCGAAAUGGAAUGACUUGCGAAUCACCUGGGACUACAACUCCACAAAUCCUGGUCUCGUUACAAACCCUGCAGCUUUUGCCCAGCUUCCGUUGAAGGAAUCGGACGCCAUUAUAGACGGCUUCACGCUGCUUACCGACUGCUCAGGCUCCAUGAAUUUUGUUGGCAAGCGUUACUGGCGAAACAACGACCCGGCGGUGGUACUGAUUUACGACACCCAGGGACUUAUUGCGGGUCUUCAGACCGGGAUUCCGGAUAACCUACCCAAUGGCUACCCGACAAGUAAUCUGAAGCCCCGCCCAUUUGUCCAGGAAGGAAAUCUUCUCUUUGUUACCGUCUACUUCAUGGACCCCUCGAAAAUCUGCUCCUCCACACGAACUGAGAUCCAGGUGAUAUCGGAUGGAAUAGGGACGGGGUUGUAUUUCCAGAACGGGCCCAGUGCCUUGACCGAUACCGUUUCUGUCCCAUCAGACGAAUCUACAAUUAAGGAGACUUUGUGGGGACAGGGACAGUGUGUGCCCCAGUUAGGUAACCAGUAUCACUAUAAUGUACGGAAAGACAUGUACUGCGAAGAAUUGGCGCCACUUCUGCUAAUGUAUGACAGAGGUAAACUGGUGGGCUUUGCCUGGUUCUUCGUGUCGGAUAUAUCAUCGCCCGUUUAUGAGAAAAUCCCACCACCCAUGUAUUCAAGGAUGUUCCAACCCGUGCCAGAUUGUUUAUACACUAUGGGACAAGUGACGUCACUACACAUAUUUUUAACCAAUCAAUAUAAUGAAAUAAGCUGUUCAUCAAAAUAAAUAAACAAUUUUUAUAUAUUUGUAA